AUGCAGUGCUUUCGGACUCCUGGGAGCACCGUGAGACUGCUGUGGGCGGUGGUGCUCACCGUGGGCGUUGUCUUGGCAGCACCUUCAGACCCUACCCAAGCAUACGACGGAGUGAGCCCAGCACUCGAGGAAGUGAGCCCAGCACUCGAGGAAGUGAGCCCAGCACUCGAGGAAGUGAGCCCAGCACUCGAGGAAGUGAGCCCAGCACUCGAGGAAGUGAGCCUAGCACACGACGGAGUGAGCCCAGCACUCGAGGAAGUGAGCCCAGCACAAGGAGAGAUGGAGCAACAUAGAGGAGUUAUCUCCCAGAGUGAGAGACGGGAUAAAGCAUUCUUCGUGCUGCUGAGGAUACAGCCAGACGAGUGCAACAGCUCAGACCCCAGCCUGACGACGGGCACGUGUCUGCCCUCUACAGACUGCACCCGGAGCGGGGGAACAUUCUCAGGAACCUGCGCCAGGGGCUUCGGUGUCUGCUGCAUAGGUCGUCGUAGCUGCGGGGAGUCUACCAGCUACAACAACACCUACUUUGUCAACCCCAGUUACAACGGCACCGACAUCGGAGCGGGCGCCUGUACGCUCACAGUGUUCCGCGUCGACUCCAAUAUUUGCCAGCUGCGCCUUGACUUCCUCAACUUCCAGCUGGCGCAGCCGGAUGAGAACGGAAACUGUAACGUUGACUUCCUCACCGUCACCCCGUCCACUACGGUGCCAAGAAUCUGCGGCUCCAACGACGGACAGCACAUGUACCUGGACGUGGACCCGGUCGGUGGACCGGUGAGGGUGACGGUGGACCGCUCCGGGACCGACGUCACCCGCUCCUGGAACAUCAAGGUGACGCAGAUCUCUUGCAGCUCCCAGCACAAGGCCCCUAGCGGAUGCCUGCAGUACCACACAGCCACCUCGGGCACCGUCAACAGCUUCGACUUCAGCCCCUUGCCGCCCACUCCUCCUGCAGGAACGAGUCAGAUCGCCGACCUGGACUACGGUGUGUGCGUGGAGAUGGCGGACGGCUACUGUGGCAUCAUCUGGGAGCGUAACACCACCAACGGCAACUACAGUUUCACCGUCAGUGGCAACGCUAAUGCUUCUGACGAAUCUGUAAUAGGUACAGCACUGGGAGGUGGGUCAGGCGUCGACUGCACGACGGACUACGUUAUAAUUCCGGGCGGUGUGGCCGACACCGGCGUCUCCAACGACCGCUACUGUGGCCUUGGCUUCCCCAACUCUGUCACCUCCACCAUGAAGCCCUUCUCGCUCUACGUGCACCAGGACGGUGAUGAAGUUGAAGACAGCGGCAACAGCGGUUUCAGUCUCAAUUACCGUCAGAUCACCAGCUGUUAGCUGGCCUGGUACCUGGUGACCCCCAUUUAGGGUCACCUGUAUCUGUAACAACCAGGUGACCCCAAGUCUUGCGGGUUAUUCAUGCCCGUGCCAACUCUUGGGUAGCUUAAUCUUCAUCAGUCACUCAACUGCCCCUUUUCCCUUUCUGUGAGGUGACAUUCCCUCGCUCCUGAGACACAAGUGCAGCUACUUUACUGCCUGAGGCAUCAUUCCUUAUCACCUGCUCCCACAUACCUCUGCCACCACCUAUCUUACCUACCCUGUGUCUUCCUUCCGGGGAUCAACGGCCCCGCGGCCAGGUCUCCAACCAAGCCUCCCGGUUGGUCGUCUGGUCAACCAGGCUGUUGGACGCGGCUGCUCGUAGCCUGACGUAUGAAUCACAACCUGGUUGAUCAGUUAUUCUUUGGAGGUUUUUGUCAUGUUCUCUCUUGAGCACUGUGAGGGGUCGGCCAGUUAUGUCCCUUAUGUGUAGUGGAAGCGUGUUGAACAGUCUCGGGCCUCUGAUGUUGAUAGUUCUCUGUCAGAGUACCUGUUGCACCUCUGCUCUUCAACGGGGAUAUUCUGCACAUCCUGCCAUGCCUCCUGGUCUCAUGUGGUGUUAUUUCUGUGUGCAGGUUUGGAAACAGUUCUCUAAUAUCUUCCACGUUAUGUAUCUCUUUCCCCAGUGCUCUAGAAAAUACAGAUUAAGAACUUUUAAUCGGCCCCAAUAAUUAAGAUGAGCUAUAGAGUGAAUUCUAGUUUUAAAGGAUCUUUGCAUGCUCUCCAGGUCAGCAAUUUCUCCGACUCUGAAUGGGGCUGUUAGUGCAACAAUAUUCCACCCAAGAAUAAACUAGCCUUGAAAAAGUAUCAUCAUUGGUAUGGCAUCUCUUGUUUGGAAGGUCCUUGUUAUCCAACCUGUCAUUUUUAUUGCAGUCGUGACAUCUACUUUAUGGUGUUCUGUAAAAGUAAGGUCUUCUGACAUUAUUACUCCUAAAUCCUUUACUUUGCUUUUCGUUCUAUAGUGUGAUUUAUAUAUGGUUUCAGUUUUUAUAUAUUCAUUUUUCCAUAGCGCAGGAGCUGGAACUUAUUUUCAUUAAACGUCAUAUUACUGUCUGUGGCCCAUUGAAAGAGCUGAUUUACAUCAGAUUGGAGGUUUCCCGUGUCCUUUAUAUUGUCUACUCGCAUGAAAAUCUUAGUGUCAUCUGCAAAUGAUACAGUGCUGUAGUUUGUAUCCUUGUCUAUGGCUGAUAUUAGGAUGAGAAAAAGUACCGAACAAGCACGGUACCUUGGGGGACUGAGCUUUUCACAGUAGAUGAUCGGGAUUUUACAGUGUUGACUAUUACACUCUGCGUUCUGUUCGUUAGCAAGUUGAAGAUCCAUCUCCCUACUUUGCCAGUAAUUACCUUUGCACACAUUUUGUGUGUGCAGUAACACCAUGGUCACCUUUGUCUAAACCUUUUGUAAAGUCUGUGUGUAUUACAUCUGUGUUUGCUUGUCUUCCAUGGCACCUGCGGCCAUGUCACAGUGAUCCAGCAACUGUGAGAGGCAGGAGCGCCCUGUUCUGAACCCGUGUUGUCCAGGGUUAUGGAGAUGUUGUGAGUCCAUGUGAUUUGUUAUCUUACUCCUGUCUUUCAACGAUUUUUUUUAUGUUUGAGGUUAGAGCUAUUGGUCUAUAUUUGUUUGCAUCUGCUUUACUACCUCCUUUGUGAAGUGGCGCGAUCUCCGCUGUUUUAAGUAUGUCAGAGAUGACGUCAGAGUCUAGGCUCCGUCUCCAAAAGAUGUUUAGGGCCUGUGAUAGUGGUGUUUUGCACUUCUUGAUGAAUAUAGUAUUCCAGGAGUGUGGACCUGGGGCAGAGUGCAUGGGCAGGCUGUCUAUGGCUAGAGAGCCAUAGAAAGCACAUGACUAUGGACCCUAUACUAACAUUUUCGACCACCUACCCUUUACUAACAUUUUUGACCACUUAUCCUGUACUAACAUUUUUGACCACUUAUCCUGUACUAACAUUUUUGACCACUUAUCCUGUACUAACAUUUUUGACCACCAACCCUGUACUAACAUUUUUCACCACUUACCCUGUACUAACAUUUUUGACCACUUAUCCUGUACUAACAUUUUUGACCACUUACCCUAUACUAACAUUUUCGACCACCUACCCUGAAAUUAUUUGUUUCACCACUUGUCCUGUAACAGGUUCCCCCCUCCUCCAUAUCUUCUUGUGUAAGGCAACACCUCCCUCACCACCUGUCCGGGACACCAUCUGCCGUACAUCAGCUAUAGAUACAUGCCCCAGUGGUCCCUCAUAACAGCACUGGGUCACUCAGGAGAUCUGAAGCCAAGUUUGACCUCACCUCAUACCGGUCUAUGAUGCUACGACGGUCCACACGACCUCUUGGCCCAAGCCGAGUUAUGGACCACAUUCAGUCACUAUAUGUAGCCUGAGGUGGACCGGUCUUGCC